ACUCUAUCAGAAUCUCUCCCAUUCAAAAUCCAUUUCUUCAAAUGGCUUCUUCUUCUUCUUCCUCUCCUUCACUCUGUCACUUCAGCUUUAGAAAAUCUCUCCCUCUUUGCAUUUUUCUCCUUUUGUUUACUUCUCUUUCUCUGUGCAAUUCCUCAGAAGCCCACCUCCAAAAACAGGACUUCCUAGGAAGUAGAAGAAGAUUACUAGCCAUUGAGAAAGAAGAACAGCCAAAGAAGAAAACCACCUUAGACAGCAGCAGCAGCAAAAACCAAACAAAAUCCAUCAAACCCAUCAAAACUACCACCACGAAUUCCACAAUAAAAUCCAAAUCCACCACAGGAAACAAAAACCAGACGAAACUCAUCAAACCCAUCAAAACCACCAACUCCACAAAAACAACACUUUCCAAGACCAAUCUCAAAAACCAAACAACACCCAACUCAAUUCCCACCAAGAAAUUCUCAGAUCUGUCCAAAGAUUCCAAAUCCAAUACCCCCAAGAACAAAACUACGCCUACCACCAAGCAAUUCCAACCGUCCGAUUCCAAACCCAAGAUCGCCAAAGAACCGAAGAAGUCCCCGCCAUCCUCAAACAAACUCAAGGAGCAGAAAAUCAAAGACCAGACCAAAUCCAAGCAUCUCACGUUACCGAAUUUCAUCGAACAGGACGCAGGUGACGACGAAGAUCUGAUCAACGAGUUCCGGGACCUCCCAUCGAAAUUCCAUGAGGCAAUUCUGCCGGACCUCGAGAAGAUCUCCACCACAUCCAAGGCCUACAUUACCAAAGCCAAUCAAGAAAUCACCCAAGGAUUCAAGCCCCUGGUUGGCAAGAAGUACGCAUCGAUGGUCGGGUCCCUAACAUCUUGCAUCUUCCUCUUACUGCCAUUACUACUGGUUUCCCUCCUCUUCAAUCGAAUUCGAAUGUACUUCUCUCUGCAGAAGAUCCUCAUCUUCAUACAAGUCUAUCUAGCCAUCUAUUUCGCAAUCCUCUCGCUGGCCUACUUCGUGUCCGGGAUCGAACCGUUGAAAUUCUUCUACGCGACAUCAAGAUCGAGCUACAUCACGAUCCAAGUGUUCCAGACACUUGGGUACGUUCUGUAUCUGUUGUUGCAGCUGAUGAACUUGCUGGUUGUGUUUUCCACUGCAGAGGAUGGUGUGGGCUUGAAGUUCUUGGGCCUAGUCCAGACCAUGGUGGGCUUUGCUGUGGGCCUUCAUUAUUACGCAGCCGUGUUCCACCGAGCGGUGGUGGGCCAGCCACCGAAGACUAGUUGGAAGAUUCACGGGAUCUACGCCACGUGUUUCCUCGUGAUUUGCCUGUUUGCAAGAGCUGAGCGGAGGAAGAAAGCUUAUCUACAAGAUGGGAGCAAUGAUGAUUGUAAAAAGAGUUAGAAUCUCGUCGACCUUCAACCCUUGUAGCAUCACCGAUUCCGUUCGACUCGAUCGAAUCGGAGUUCAAAAUAGUGGAUGACUCAUCUCGACUCGACUGAGUCACUGAGUCACGACGGUAGUUAGGACUGAACAAGUCCCUCGUCUCACCAAUCUUAAGAUAUGUUUGUUUUUUUUUUUUUUUUUUGGCUUGAGCGAGUGGGAGAAUUCCGCUUGUUUUGAUGAAAGGUUUAUAUUUGAUAGAAUAUUUUGUUUUAUUUAUUUUCAUGUAUGAGAAUAAAUUUUUGAAAUAAAUAAAAAAUCAAGCUUCUGUU